AUGGAUCAUAUUAGCGGGUUACCAGACGAGAUUCUUUGUCAUAUAUUGUCCUUCUGUCCGACAAAGCGUGCUGCUUUGACAUCCGUUCUCUCAACAAGGUGGCGCGAUCUGAUUGCGUUUGUCCCUAAUCUUUACAUCGAUGACUCUGCGUUUCUUCAUCCCGAACUGCGUAAGCGAGAAAGGUACGAGAUUCUGCAAAGUUUCAUGGCAUUUGUGGAUAGUGUUUUGGCAUUGCAGGGUGAUUCUCCCAUUGGGGAAUUCUCUCUCAAAUGUAAAACUGCCUCGAGGGAUCGUGUGGAUGGUUGGAUAUGUAAUGUCCUGCAGCGUGGUGUUUCGGACGUUGAACUUCUCAUCGAGGAUGAUGUUGAUUAUUUGCUGCCUCAAGAGAUGUUAGUCAGUAGAACACUUACAAAGCUGAGAUUAAGGAACGCACGUUUGCCUGGGGGAGUUGAAGCGGCUUUCUUCUUACCAAUGCUUAAAACUCUUGUUUUAAAGGAGGCUCGGGUUUAUUCGGAUAAGCUUGAGAUGCUUCUUCCUACUCUCCCUGUGCUUGAGGAAUUAUACAUACACCCUUUGACGCGGAGACGUUCGCGCUGUACCGUGUCAAGUGCAAGCCUAAAGGAGCUGGGUAUAACUGUCACGGCUGAAGGAAAGUCAUCAAUAUCAAAGAGCUUUUCUUUUGAUACUCCAAAUCUGCUUUACCUUAACUAUUGUGAUUUCAUGGCGGAGGACUACCCAAAAGUUAACCUCAGUAAUGUAGUUGAGGUUGUACUCAACCUUAUUGCAAGUACAAGUCAAAUCAAUCAAAUAAGAUCGUCAAAUAAUAAUAACGAGGUUCUGUGGUAUGGUAAUGUGUGGAAACUCAUGAAUGGUAUUAGAAAUGUGAAGAAACUUGCUGUGUCAGAUUCUACUUUCCAGUGGUUUCCUCUAUGCUGUGAACUGGUCAACAACCUCGAAUGGUUACGGUUUUGUUGUUUCAAUCCAUAUGGAUGUAAAGCAAUGCCGGUUAUCCUAAGGAAAUGUCCACAUUUAGACACUCUAGUCUUUCAGGGUCUCUCAGAGUAUUGGAAAGACAAAUGCCGGGAUGCAUGUGACUGCAUUUCUCGGGAGGACAAAAGUCGUUUGCUCAUGAAAAAGAUACAGAUCAAAGGGUUUAGAGGAACAAACGCAGAGAUGGGAGUGUUAGCGCAUUUUUUGAAGUAUUUUCCGUGUUUGAAGGAGAUUCAGAUAUAUGCCGGAGAGAAUUGUACUACUGAUAUUUUUGAACACAUUGUGAAGUUAGUGAAUCUCUACAACGAGAGUUAUCAACUUGUGGUUCACUUCCUAAAGUAA